AUGAGGCGACACAUGGUAGGAAAGGAGCUGUCCAGACGAUGGGAAAUAGAGAGAAAGGACGCCAAGCGGGCUGAAGCCAGGCUCAGACUAGGACUCCUUAGGCUGGAGGAGAACUGGCUUUAUCGCAUGAACAUGGUGGCCAGAGAGCAGAGGCAGCUACAGAAAGAACUGGAGAAGCUGAGACAGGCAGGCAACUCCAAGAAAAAGGUCUCAUCUUUCAGCAACAAUUUACUCAGGACUCAGAAGUCAGACAUUCCCACAAUUCCCCAACAGGGAGGUCACAGACACUGGACAGCUGAGCCCAGGGGCAUUCGAACAAUGGAAACUCGUCUGCUCCAAACUAAGAAGUAUGAACCCUCCAAUCCUAUCGAGAUAGCAAGUUCACAUCCCAUAAACUACAUAAAGAAUGAAGAAGAGGCAUUUUCUCAAAGCUCCAGGAACUCCAGCUCUCUUGAAGGUGGACCUAAAGCCCCAAAGAGAAGUUCAGUCACUGUCAUUAACCCUUUCCAGGACAGAGAUUCCAUCAACCAGCCACAAGAAGACAUCUCUGCUGAUCUCCAGAACCAUGGAACCUUCAGCAAAGUGGAACAAGUUCCUGGAGCUCCCCAAGUUGAAAGUGAGGUGAUAGAAAUCAAAGCCAGUCCUAUCGGGGGUUUUGGCUCCAAACCUGGCAGUGUAAAACAGAACCAUACUCCAGAGAGAGAGAAGUCUACCUUUGAUCCCAAGGCCUAUACUCUUUACAGUUACCUUAGGACAGUGGACACAAUGCCAACCUACCUGGAACUCUUUGCAAAGAUCAAGAAUGCCCGCUACCUCCGGCAUAGAGUACCCCCUGAAUUUGAGAGGGAGCUCAGUAUUGGGGAAAUAUUUGGACAUGAAACAUGCUUCCAUAGGGAAGGAAGCAAGUCUGAUGAGAGUCUUAACACUUAA